UCGAGUAAUGACAUGAAGCAGUCUUCAGAUGCCCUGUUAAAAGCCGGUGUUACAACAUUAGUCAUCGGAACAGAGAAUAUGAUAAGUCAGCUGCAAGAGGUUAGUUCCGACCCUAGUUUAGCUUUUGGUGUGAAAGAGUUCCGUUUUCUUCCAGAGAUACAACAAGAUGUACUAUCACCUUUGUUAACACUGACUGGUGUCAGGAAGACUUCUGAAUCACCAACAGUUCGAACCACCAAAGAAGCAGACAAAAAAGAUAUUGUGUUCUUAAUUGAUGGAUCUUUUCAUGUUGGAGAUACAAAUCUGCCAGCUAUUCGUGACUUCAUCUCAAGAAUUAUUGAGACCCUUGAUAUUGGAAGUGAUCGUGUGCGAGUAGGCCUAGUACAGUACAGUGAUAUUGCAAAACCCGAAUUUCUUCUAAAUGCUUAUUCAUCAAAAGAUGAACUUCUCUUUGAGUUAAACAGACUCAGACUGAGAGGUGGCACUGUGCUUAACACUGGAGCAGCACUGGAGUAUGUCCUUAAGUUCAUUUUUACCAAAUAUUCAGGAAGCAGGAAAGAGGAAGGUGUUCCGCAGUUUCUGAUUCUUGUCACUGGUGGAAGAUCAAGAGAUGAUAUUAAAAAACCAGCAGAAGCCCUGUUACGAUCUGGUGUGAUGACGAUAGUCGUUGGAGCUGAGAAUGCCAUAGAGCAGCAGCUACAACAAAUUGCUUUGGACCCCAGCUUGGUUUACACAGUGGAUGAAUUUCCUUCUCUUCCAAAGAUCCAACAGCAAGUGCUGUUACCAUUGUCAACCCUAACUGGUGUGAAGAUAGUGUCUGAAAUGCCAACAAUGAAGAGUAUCAAAGAUAUAACUGAUAACCAGAAUCGGGACAUUGUGUUCCUGAUUGACGGCUCAACCAAAGCUGGUUCAUCAUUUCAUUCAGUGCGCGAAUUUCUCAAAGGCAUGAUUGAACACCUCAAUGUUGGGUUGAACAGGAAUCGCGUUGCAGUAAUACAGUACAGCAAGGACCCAAAAGUUGAAUUUCUUUUGAACACCUAUUCAAGUAAAGAUGAUAUUUUAGAUGCAGUGGACAAGCUGAAGCCUAUGGGCGGAAGGAUGCUGAAUACCGGGGCUGCACUGAACUAUGUCAUCAGCAACGUCUUCACAACGGCAGCAGGCAGUCGGCGAGAUGCUAAUAUGCCGCAGCUUCUGGUGCUUCUCAUUUCUGGAAAGUCGAGUGACAAUGUUAAAGAGGCAGCAGGAGCAUUAAAAAGAGCUGCAAUAGUGACAUUUGUUAUUGGGGCCAUGGAGGCAGAUGGCAAAGAAACACACGAGAUUGCAUAUUCUACUAAUUUACUGUUUGCUGUUCACAACUUCCAGUCUCUUCCAGAUAUCCAGGAUCAGCUGCUGCAGCCCCUAAAAACACUGAUCGUCGAAAUUAUUAAAAUGCCGACCAGUGUCACUGAAGGUGACAAGAGAGAUAUUGUGUUCUUAGUUGAUGGCUCUUACAAUGUGGGAACUUUCUUUUAUUUGAUUCGGGAUCUUAUUAUUAACUUAAUUCCCAACUUUAAUAUUGCAAAAGACAAAGAUCAAAUUUCAGUGGUGCAAUACAGUGACGAUGCAAGGAUUGAGUUUCCAUUAAAUGCUUACACAAACAAAGAAUUGGUUUUAACUAAAGCCAGACAGCUUCGGCUUAAAGGCGGAAGAACUCUCAGGACUGGGUCUGCUCUAGACUUUGUCAGAACGAAUGUCUUCAGUAGUUCUGGUGGGGGCAGGCACCAUUUAGGGAUUUCCCAAAUCCUGGUGCUCAUUACUUCUGGAAAGUCACUGGAUGAUGUGAAACAGCCAACAGAGAAGCUGAAGCAAGCUGGUGUUGUGCCAUUUGUUGUUGGCAUUGGGAAUGUAGACAAACAAGAACUACAUCAAAUUGCAUAUUCACCCAACCUGGUUUUUCAAGUGGAUGACUACUGGGGUCUUUCAGAUCUGGACUUGCACCUGCUCAGCAUUUCACAGCAUGUAGAAAGUGUCCCUAUUCCACCUAUUACCAGCGCAGACAGCGAUAAAAGAGAUAUCGUUUUCCUCAUUGACGGUUCUGCUAAAAUUGGAAAAGGAUUUCCAAACGUUCGUAAGUUUAUGAUGAGAAUGGUGGAUAAUUUUGAUACUGGAGCAGAGAAAGUUCAAUUUGCUGCUGUACAGUUCAGUGAGAGUCCAAGGACUGAGUUCUUUCUUAAUACCCACUCAACCAAGAAGCAAGUUCUGGCUGCAAUUAAGAAACUCAAGCUAAAACGUGGCAAAAAAAUCAACAUUGGCCGAGCACUGGACCAUGUCAUAAAGAAUGUGUUCACAAGCUCAGCAGGAAGCAGAGUGGAUAAUGCUAUUCCACAGAUUCUAUUGCUUCUUACUUCGGGAAAAUCCCGUGAUGAUAUUUCGCAGCAGGCAGAGAAACUGAGGAAACUGGGAAUCGUACUUUUUGCGAUUGGCCUGAGGGAUGCUGAUCGAUCAGUGCUUGAGCCGAUGGCAUAUUCUGACAGCUUGGCCUUUCCUGUGAAGAGCUUCCAAGGUUUGCUUAACAUUGAGAAUCGGAUCCAGCAGAUAAUGAAAACAGUGGCGGUGCAAGUCGUUGAGACGCCUGUCUAAGAUUACUAGCUAACAUUGCAGACAGAUGUGCCUGUGGAUUUAUUGCCUUGUAAUUUUCAAGCUCUGAGCACAUCUUGUAACUCUAGCAAUAGAAAAAAGAUCCAGGAGUACUGAAUUAAUUAAUGAUUCAAACAGGAAGUCGAGCAACAGGAUUAUCUUCACUUUAAACCACCACUUUGAUAACUCCUAGUAACUGCUGUAGUUAUUGUAAAAUUAUAUCAUGAUUAGCAGUUUAUCUUAUACAACUAUGUACACUUAUUAAAACAUUGGAGUGCAUGACAUGUGUUGCAUGGUACCAAGUGGUUUCAAUAUGCACAUAAAUGUAAGGAACAUGUACUGUGCUAAAUUAAUCCCAUUCUGAGUGAUUAAGCAUUUUGCUUUUGUUCAAGUGUAUUAGUUUAUGAACAUUCUUGUUGGUUACUUAAAUAAAAAAAGUGAAACAUAA